AUGGCCGACCUCGUCUUCGAAUCAGACGACACAAACAAGCACGCGAGUGCGAUGGUGGCCCCAUUGAACAUCCAGAAGUCGCCCAAGCGGUCGCGGAGCACACGCCUCGGGCAUUCUCGACAAUCAUCGUCACGGGGAGGACAAUCAACCACAUCUCAGUCGCAUAUGUCCCCACCGCUAACGCCACGGUCCUCAAGAGACACACUUGCGGAGCAGCCGUCACAACCCCUCUUUCACAACUACCUGCGCGCCUUCUAUCACUUCCACCCCAGCUCCACAGUAUCGUCCUCGACCGAUGAAUCCUCUAUCACUGUACCUAUCAACCAGGGCGAUGUUAUCCUCGUGCACUCGGUCCACCCAAAUGGCUGGGCUGACGGAACCUUGUUGGCAUCCGGAGCUCGUGGAUGGCUGCCGACAAAUUACUGCGAACCCUACGAUCAUCCGACAAUACGGACACUGCUGAACGCGCUCACUAAUCUCUGGGACCUUGUCCGCGAUGGCGAAAACGGCGACUUGGUGGUCUUCAUGAAACAGGAUUAUAUAAGAACGCUGAUCGCUGGCGUUCGCUUCUUCCUGGAAAAAACAGACUGCCUGACCAGGGAGUCACCCCUCAUCGUAGCUCAUGUUGGUCUCCGACGAAUGCGCAAAGGGUUACUGGGCGACCUAUCUUCUCUCGUCAAGACCGCUAAGAAGUUGCAGGAGGUGCUGCAGACCAACGACUCACCUGGCCUGGUUUUUGGGCGCCUGGACGAACUCGUGCUCAAAGCAUUCAAGCUUGUGACUAGAGCUGUCCGAUUCCUUGAUAUAUGGGCGCAAGAUGCGGUGUCGCUGUCAUUUGACAUGGGGGAGGGCAAUAAUAGACCUCUGACCCCUCCGUCUGACUCCGCUGAUCUCGCCGUGCAACCGGCCGCAGCGUCGAAUCAAGACGACGCAGGCAGUGCGCCAGCGAAUGACGAUGCAGCUUCUGUAUCACAAGCGAGCGCAAUUGUAACGCGCGAGCCAUUGGACCACGAAGCAACGCAACCACGCAACCUCGCUCGUCUUUCGGUUGCUUUCUCGAUCCCUUCAGACUCUGACGCGCUCCAAUCACCUCUUUUCCCGCCCCAGGCCCAAGCUCUGGGGAAACGAUUAUCUGUUACGCACCGGCUGUCGUACACCGGAAAGUCUCAAAGCACGCGAAAACAUAACCUUGCCUCCGAGCGGCUGAAUGCUGCACACGAUUCUUUCUUGGGCUUUAUAGGCUCGUUCAUUGGGCUGCACCUGCAGUCGCGCUCGUCUGAAGAGCUUGCGUUGACUACACAAGAGUCAGUCAUAGCGUGCCGUAACCUCCUCGCAGUCGUCGAGGAAGUAUGGGAGCGCGAUUCUCGAAGAUCGGAACAACUGCAGCAGGCAAGAGAGAUGAUGUACACGCGACUCGCAGAACUCGUCCAGGCGACCAAAGACAUGUUCAGCAGCUUCGAGGCGGGGAUGGAUGACGAGGUGAUCAUGCCAGACCAGGGCAAACACCUUGUCGUUGCUGCCACGAGCUGUGUCCGGUCAGCUGGAGAAUGCGUUACCAAAGCAAGAUUGGUUAUCGAGCGCAUAGGGGACUUCGAGUUUGAAACCGACGAACAAGGCCUAUCUCACUCUGUCUUCGAUCAACUCGACCAAAACCGACCAAGUCUCGAUCAACCACAUGACGCGCCUCAACCCGAAGUAUCAAGUCAACCAGAACGAAUCGUAGAAACCGAGAAACCGCUCCCGCCGCCGCCAAUGGAGGAGCGUAAGCUGCCACCACCACUGGUCAUUUCGGACUCGAAACCACUUCCUGACGUCCCGCACUCAAGCUCAGCGAGCAAUCAGAACGCAGGUCUUCGGCCUCUUCAAAGCUCUACCGCCGAAAGCCCGGUCGCGACCUCGUUUCGGUUGUCCAUGUCUUCUCUGCCGCAAUCCCUGGUCCCAGGCGCCGUGCCACAGCUCCCCCAAUCGACUGCUUCGGAUUACUCCCCAAGUCCUGCUAGUGCGACACAGCGCUUCUUCGGAAAAUCAGCUAGAACUGACAGUGUAAAUGCGUCCGUAGCUGAUUCUAGUAGCACAUGCAGGUACAGCAUGCGCGGCGAGACUGCUAGCAUAGUAUCGCAGACCUCAACCAGAGCAACGACUCCCGAUCAGUCUCCUGCGAAGAAGCAUAGCGGUCAAACGCUCGUUAGUAGCUUUGGUAGCUCAUCAGAACUCCGCUCCGUCGCGAGCGAAGACGUCGAGGCGGUCGAAGAGCAUCUACUCGAAACGACAUACUCUCACGAACUACUCUAUAACAACAACGGUCAGGUCUCAGGAGGAUCUCUGCCAGCGUUGGUGGAGCAGUUGACCUUGCACGAUUCAACACCUGACACAAGCUUUGUCACCACGUUCUAUCUUACGUUCCGGUUGUUCACCACCCCGGUUGAAUUAUCGCAAUGUCUGAUCAGUCGGUUUGACCUCAUUGGCGACAGUCAGAGUGUGGGCAUUCCUGUCCGUCUGAGAAUCUAUAACGUCUUCAAGGGCUGGUUAGAAAGCCACUGGGUCGUUGAAUCUGACUCCGCGGCUCUCGGCAUCAUCUUUUCUUUUGCCACAGGAAAGCUCCGAUCGGCUCUGCCUGCCGCAGGCAAACGCCUUGCAGAAUUGACUUCCAAAGCCACCGAGAUCCGAGCUGGGGCUCUGGUGCCCCGCCUCACGUCCUCUUUGGGUAAGACCGGUGUCUCCGGCUCCGUGUUCAUUCCCGCCGACAACACAGCACCCAGUUCCAACAUCACCAGGAGUCAGCUGAACGCCCUGAAAGGGUGGAAAGACGGCAAGACGCAAUGUAGCAUUCUCGACUUCGAUCCACUGGAAGUGGCCAGGCAGUUCACCAUCAUCGAGUCAAAACUGUUCUGCACAAUACAGCCGGAGGAGCUGCUUGCCUCGGAAUGGAUGAAGAAAGGAGGGAAAGGCGUCAAUGUCAAGGCGAUGGCUACGCUCUCGAACGAUCUGACCAACCUGGUUACAGAUACGAUCCUACAUGUAGAGGACGCCAAGAGAAGAGCUAUUGUCAUUAAGCAAUGGGUGAAGAUUGCGACCAAAUGCGUAGAACUCGACAACUACGAUUCGCUGAUGGCAAUUCUCGCUUCGUUGAACACUACCACUGUGCUUCGGCUGAAGAGGACCUGGGAGCUGGUCUCUGGCAAAACGAAGGCGCGAUUCGAUGAGCUCAAAGCAGUCACUGACUUCAGCAAAAAUUACGCUGCCCUUCGUCAGCGUCUCCAUGACCACGUCGCACCCUGCAUCCCGUUUGUAGGCAUGUAUCUCACUGAUCUUACAUUCGUGGACGCCGGGAACGAGCCUACUCGUCCGCUACCGGGUGAUUCUGGAGCAGAAGGUCUUUCCGUUAUAAACUUCGAUAAACAUAUGAAGACCGCAAAAAUCAUUGGGCAGUUACAAUCCUUCCAAGUACCAUAUCGCCUGACAGCGGUACCGGAAAUGCAGGACUGGAUUGAAUCCCAAAUACAACGAAUGCACUUGAGCAAGGAAGCCAACCCCCAGAGCUUCCACAGACAGUCAUUGCUCUUGGAGCCUCGUGAGCCUCCUCGGGUGGUAAAAGCCGCCCCUCCUCCCAUCAACAAUGGUGCAACCCACACUGCGGCCGCCGACAAUCGCCCUGCACCCGAGGAUCGGUUCGGGAUGCUGAGUCUGUCCAACUACUUCACCAAUAACACCAAAGACCGGUAG